AUCUCCUACUAUCGAAUGAUGAGACUCUAGCAACCUAAUCAGAUUCUAUCUAUCUCAGAUUGCAGCAGGAAUCAGGAAAAGUUGAUCAGACUUCAAUUGACUCAAUAAACAUGCAUCAUUCGAUUAAAAUCAAACAGUAAUAUCAUCCCAAGUCAUUACAAUCAAUCCCUAACACAUAGAACUAGGGUUCUUCAUCCCCAAGUGAGAGAGGGGAUCUACUCCAUAGAGAGAGAGAGGAAAACAGUAAUCAGAGUAGUCAUACUCAUAAAGAUGAGGAAAAUCUGCUCCGGGAUGAUGAUUUCCACUCCUAGGACGAUCUCCAAGCUCGAUUCAAUGAAACCCAGCUCCAAGAUAGCUUCUAGGAUGUGUUCUUCGUACUUUCUCUCUCUAGGGCUCUGUUUUUGCUCAAAAAGUCCGAUCCUCCCCCUUGUGGCUCGAAAUUGGCUGAAAAAACCAAGAUUUCCCGACUCGCACGGGCAGGCCACACGGCCGUGUGGCUCAGCCAGUUGCCCGUGCGAGUCAAAACGCUGCGUUCCAAUUAGUUCGAACUUAGGCUUCCCACACGGCCAGGGUCGCACGACCGUGCGGGAUCUCCAUCCUGCCCGUGCAUGCUCUCGACAAAAAUCACACGGCCACAAUUGUGAGUUGCACGGCCAUGUGGUUUCCAGGAAUGCCCGUGCAGCUUCCUUAGCACCUCGCCACGUGUCCGAUUCUCGUACAAUCGACCCCAAACUCGCUCCCAAGCCUCCAUUCACGUACUAGGACCUGAAAUAUGACAAACAAGCACAACCUAGCGUGAAAUCGGCCUAAAACACGAGAAUCAACACCUCAAACGGUGUAAGAACAGGGGUAAAAACAUGUGUAAUUAACGGUCUAUCAAACUCCCCCACACUUAACCGUUUGCUUGUCCCCAAGCAAACCAAGUCAGACACAAGGUAAGCUCACAUAUUUCAAUCAACUAACAUUGGGGACAAGUCAUAAAGGCACAGAACACGUGAAUCGUACUGGUUUUCAAACAUCAAUACCUGACCAACUUAAACAGCAACCUGGACAACCACCACAAAGGACAUUCGAGUGCAGCAAAAUCAAGUAAAGGAAGAGUCUCCCUUCUGUUCACCAACCAACCUAGACUUGACUCAACCACUUACUCAAAACAGUCAACUCAUGCAUCCAACUCAAGACAUCAGAAUAGAGACCGAGCAAUCUAGGUCCUCACCGGGGUACACGAGUAUAUAGAAUAUGAAAAAUGAAUCACUCACUCUCGACCAGUGGGGUCAGGACAAUUUGAUGCGAAAAAUGCGCAUGUUAUUUCUCUCAAUCCCUAACAUCUCUUCACCAUGAUGGCAGCCUCUAAAUGCUAGAGUUCACAUAUGGGGUGUCACCACUAACUAAUCAGGAGGUCUUAGACACAGGUUCAAAUGACUGGCUAGGGUCUUGGACAUGGGGAAAAGGCCUUUUAGGUGGUGGAAGUAUUCAUAGCACAGGGUUCCACAUUUCCAAACCUAAACAAUCACAGUCAAACAAACCGGUAUUUCCUUUCUGCUAUUCUGCAUUACUCAAUAUCUCAAGAGCACAAGAGCGAAGGAGGUAUAAAUGUCAGCAUUUCCAAGCCAGACUGCUAAGAAACACUACUUACUGGG